GUGUUUGUGAAUGACGUAAAGGAGGGGAAAACAAGAAGAUGGCGUCUUCAACAUUGUAAAUGUAUUCAUUUGUACAGAAGUCCGCCUCUCCGAGGCGCUCGUGAAUUGUAUCAAUUUAUCUGAUAAUACAUUUAUAUUCUAACAGAUAAGAUAAAGCCUCGGUUGACGUUAGUGACGGCCAAACAGCUCUCCCGUCAUUGGUUCUCUUCGACAACCCGGCCCCGGUAUAGACCGGGGAGGCGAGCCUCACUUACAGGAUGGACAGCGGGCAGCACAUCCCGUCUCUGGAAAACAUGGACCCUACGCUGUCAGAACUGGGCAAUGAAUUUACUUUGGGGGAUAUCGAUGAGAUGGUCCAGUUCAUCAGUAACCAGGUGGGGGAUUUUCCGGACCUCUUCGAUGACCAGAUGCCCUCCGCAGGGUCCCUCCAGUCGGGUCCAGCAUCGACCAACCCAGCCCCCCCCCAGCCCCCCAGCACCCCCACUACCUCCCCCGUCUACCAGCCCAGCAAGGGCACCCUCAUGCCCUCAGGGAUGCUGACCCCCCAGUCCAUGCCCCUCACCCCGCCCCAGACCCCCAUCCAGACCAUCUCGGCUGGGCAGCACCAUGUGACCCGUACCCCUCCCCUGCUCCAGCCCCGGCCCCAGGUUCAGCCCCAGCACAUCCAGCCCCAUCCCCAGCAGCAAGCCCAGCCCGCCAUCCAGGUCCACACCCAGGGCCUCCCCCUGCAGACUCAGACCUUCCCAGUCCACACCCUGGUCCAGACCCACAACCAGACCCUGCCCAUCCAGACCCAGGCCCAGACCGUCAUGAUCACCUCCAACGGGGGCCAGUCCCGCUUCAUCCAGAACCCGGUCAUCUGCCACCAGAGCCCCACCACGGGCUUCCAAGUCCUCCAACCACAGAUGCAGAGCAUUAUGACGUCACAGCAGGUCCAGCCAAUGACCAUCCAGCACCAGCGUGUCCUGACACAGAACGGCCAGACCAUCCAGACCAUCCAGACGCCCACUACAGUUCACACCAUGCAGCCGCAGAUGCAGCAGCUCCUGGUUCACCAGCCUCAGAUUCUGAAGACAGACUCUCUGGUUCUGACCACUCUGAAGUCAGAUGGGACCCAGGUUCUGUCCACCAUGCAGAACCCCAACGGGAUCACCACCCUGACCACGCCCAUCCAGACCACCGCUCUGCAGGUUCCUACUCUGAUGAGCAGCAACAUCCUGACCACCAUGCCCGUCAUGAUGGGCGCCGACAAACUACCAAUCAAACAGCUGCAGUCGGGUAACGCCCAGUGUGGAGGCGGGAUCAGACAAAUAAUGGACCAGAGCCAGAUGGUGGGGGUGGGGCCAGGGGGCGUGGUGAAGGAGGGGGAGAAGAGGACCACUCACAACAUCAUUGAGAAACGGUACAGGUCGUCCAUCAACGACAAGAUCCUGGAGCUGAGAGACCUGGUGAUGGGCAAUGACGCCAAGAUGCACAAGUCAGGCGUGCUGAAGAAAGCCAUCGACUACAUCAAGUACCUACAGCAGGUCAACCACAAGCUGAGGCAGGAGAACCUGACCCUGAAGAUGAAGAACAAGUCCGUGGUGUGUCUGUCGGAGGAUGUGGAGAUGAAGGCGGAGGUGGUGAUGUUGUCUCCUCCUGCCUCAGAGUCAGAGUCUGGCUCCAGCUCUCCUCAGUUCUCUCCCUACUGCAUCGACUCAGAACCUGCCAGCCCUCUGCUGGACCACGAGCUGGUUAAGUGUGAGCCUGACUCGCCCCCCUCAGUGGGAGUGAUGGAUCGGUCUCGUCUCCUGCUGUGUGCCCUGACCUUUCUCUGCCUGUCCCUGAACCCCCUGCCCUCCCUCCUGGGGCCCGAGCCCCCGGGCAGCCCCGGCCUGACCCCUGGGCACGGGCCCUCCAGGACCCUGGUCUGGUUCCCCAGCCAGACACAGAACUUUGCGUCGUGGCUGUGGUGUCUGUUGCCGUGGGUGAGUGUGUGGGUGCUGAGUGGUGUGGGCGCGGUGUGGGGGUGUGUGAGGGUUUUGCGUCAGUGGGAACCAGUCACCCUCCUUCACUCCCCCAAGUCAGUGUCCUUCUGGAGGCAUCGCAGGCAGGCCGACCUGCACCUCAGCAGGGGUGACUAUGCGGCAGCAGAGACCAGUCUGGAGACCUGCCUGUCAGUCCUGAGAAGAGCUCUGCCCUCCACCAAUCUGGACCUGCUCUUCUCUCUCUCCUGGAACCUGAUUCGCUACUGCCUGCAUCGUCCCACCCCACUGGGCUGGCUGGUGCACCAGGUUGGAGGGAAGCAUGAGGGGGAGGAGUCAAAGACCAGUUCACGGGACGCAGCGCUGGUCUACCAUAAGCUGAGCCAGCUGCAGCUCACAGGGAAGCUCCCCCAGCGCGGGGCUCUGUGGUCUCUCUCUCUGUCUCUCAGCGCUCUCACCCUCAGCGAAAGCGCCCAGGGAAAGAUGGCAGCCGCUCACCUCGCCCAGAUCUACGUCACCGCGGCAACCGCCCUUCGCACCGUGCUGGGCCACCACCUUUCCUUCCUGCCCGGUUACCUGCUGAGCUGUGCCGAGAGCGUGGCCAGCCAGUCAGAGUCCAAGCCCAUUCCUGACUGCCUGCGCUGGCUCUUCACCCCAUUGGGUAGGCAGUUCUUCCUGAGCUGUGAUUGGUCGGUGAGGUCAGACAGUGGAGAGGGGGUGUACACCUCCCAGAGAGACCCAGCUGAUCCUAUUGCCCAGCUGCACCGUUGUUUCUGUGAGAAGCUUCUGGAGAGAGCGGUGCACUCCCUGCUGCAGCCCCAGGCAGACAGCGAGGCAGCGAGACACAGCGAGGCAGCGAGACACAGCGAGGCAGCGAGACACAGCGAGGCAGGGAGACACAAGGACUCAGGGGAGUUCUCCAGUGCUCUGGACUUCCUGCACCUGUUGAACAGCAGCACUGAGGAGUCUCUGUCUCCCUCCCCUCCCUUCCCGGCCCUGCCCAGUCACACCACCAUGCCAGUUGCAGACCCAGUGAGUCGCUGGUGGGCGCUGGUCCUGAAAGCUGCUGUUCAUUGGCUGCAGGGUGAUGAUGUCACUGUGAAGUCACUGCUGGCUGAAACUGAGCGCAUGCCUAGGGCUCUGCACACACUGAACCACCCCCUGCCCAAAGCUGUCCUGCUGCUGUGCAAGGCUGUGCAGAUGAGCCUGUCCCCCCUGAAGGGGGAGGGGACUGUGGGCUGCCUGUCUCACUGUGACAGAGCCAGCAGCUACCUGAGAGCCAGCAUCUCCCUGCCCCCCUCUGUCAGCUGGCUCAACAAGGGGGUGGAGCUUCUGGUGUGUGACCUCCUUCUGACACUGAGGACCAGCCUAUGGCAGAGAGGAGGCAGCAGCAACGGAGAGCCAGGCCCCGCCCAAGGAGCCCAGCUGGCCGGCUUCCAGAGAGACCUGAGUACCUUGAGGAGGGUGGGCCAGAGCUACAGACAAGCACAGCACAAGGUGUUCCUCCAUGAGACCACUGUGAGGCUGAUGGCUGGAGCCAGCCCCACCCGCACUCACCAGCUGCUGGAACACAGCCUGCGGCGCCGACCCAACAGCCCCGGAGACAGCUCAGCUGAUGGGGACUGUGUCCUGGGAGAGAGGGAGCGGGCCCAUGCCAUCCUGUUGGCGUGUCGCCACCUGCCCCUCCCCCUCCUGACCCCGCCCGGGCACCGGGCCCGUCUGCUGGCGGAGGCCAAGCGCACCCUGGAGCGUGUGGGGGAUCGGCGCUCCCUGCAGGAUUGUCAGCACAUCCUGCUGAGGCUCAGCGGAGGCACCACCAUCGCUGCCUCCUGAUGACACGCAGACAUACAAGUGCACACACACAAGUGCACACACACAAGUGCACACACACAAGUGCACACACACAAGUGCACACCACGUACCUGUCAGACUCGCAUCUCACAGAACUCCAACAGAGAAGUAAGUGGUCUGUGAUGCAUCAUGGAUCAUUGACCAUUCAAAAUGCUUUAGGUGUACCAUUAAUGUUUAACAUGCGCAUGCACACACACACACACACACACACACAAAAGGGACCUACACACUCACUGCCAAUCUACACCCUGAUUUCUGCUACAGAUGUUUUGUUUGUUGGUAUGUACAGUCCUACACUCUUCUCUAGACCCCAAAUCCAUCUCUAUAACCCAUAGACUUCUCUAGAAGCCAUAGACUUCUCUAGAAGCCAUACAGUAGCGUCUCUAUAGCAGCGGUCCUGGAGGAGGCUUGAUCUGGGACACCAUGAUGACACGCUGGGCUCACUCCAGGCCUCCUGAUCCAGCCCCGGCUGGGAGCUAAAAGCUAACUGCUUUAGAACAGCAGCGAGGGCCAGCCAGUGAAAGACACCCAGGAAAUAAUGACCGACUCCUACAUCCGCAGUCCUUUUAUUAACUUAAUCUGGUAGCUAAAGGUUAUACUGAAUGGUAGCCUGUUUUAGGAGUCUGUUUUUAUGGAGUCACUCCAUUUUUUUAAUGAUGAAACCAUUCAUGGUCAGUCUCCACGAAGGGCCUGAAGCAUGCGUGACGUAUAGGAUGCUGUUCGUGUCGUGGGCAGGCAGACGUUAGCAGAGCUAAGUCAUCAAAGUCUCUUUUGAAUCCCAACUGAUACAACCAGUAUACAGCUGGCUCAACGUCACCAGAUGGCUGGCAGGGGGACUGACUCGAGGCAGGGGGACUGACUCGAGGGGCUGGCAGUGUGUGACGUGGCCAGGCCUGGAGGAACACAGGUAGCUGGCUUCUCUCAGCACAGUAUGGGGAGUAUCCAUAUCUAUCUACCUCGUUGACUGUGCCUCGCCAGUGCACUGUAGAUCAGAACGGUAACGAAUUCAGUCCGAUUUGUUUAUGAUGUCUAAACAGGUGUCCCAGAGUAGCUUUUGAGUGAAGACUAUUCUACUCAGUGCAAUACUAACAGACCUAGCUGACUAGUUAGAGAAUAGGAACAUGUAGGAACCAGUAGUAGAGAGAGUUUGGAGAGAGGACCCUCACUUGAAAAAAACAGACGAUACAGAAAGGAGAUCAUUCUGUAACACGACACACAUAAACAGUCAUGUAAUUGUAUAUAAGUUGUACAUAGGUGUGGACAUCAGUCUUAAGAUGAGGGCAGGAAGUCCUUGGCUAUGCUCAAGAUAAAGAAAGAAAGAUGGAUGGUGGAGAGGGAGGACGGAACUAAUUCAAAAAGAAGCGCUGUAGCCUAACAUGGAGGUAACUCAUCCAUGGGGCAGAGAAGGUGGACGGAGGUGUUGAGGGCUGACUGCCGUGUCUAGAAGGGACCGGUCACAGAUAGACUCAAACUAAAGAUGGUUUCCCACACAAAUAAAACCUGAUCAGGGAGUUAGAGGGACUAUAUGGUUUGGAAUCACAGUUUAAAGAUUCCUGAACAUUUAAAAUAUAUGAUGUCCGGGAAUUCUGUCUCCCUGAGUUCGUAGUCUCUUAUCAUCCAUCGGAGCAGGAGGGUAAGCUCAAGCAUAAUGGCCUUGAUGUAGUUCAAAGUUAUUUUAUUACAAUGUAUUUUCGAUGCUUAAACAGCUGUCAUGGUUGAAUCUCUGAGUCCAGUUGCUUUUAAAUGUUUCGUCUUUUGGCGCCUAGCAGGCCACGUCAUCCCUGUCGUUUUCACUGUGUUCUGAUUUUAUAAUUUAAUGGAUUUGAUAUUAUACAAGCAAGCGCAGUUUUUCGGAAAGCAAUUUGUCAUUUUACACUGUCAUCGCAACCCAGGGAUGUAAACGUGAGAGAACAAUACUUUGUUUUUUAAAAUUAGAAUACAAGACAAAAGUAGCAAUACGCAUCGCAGCAAUUUGCAUAGCCCCAAUUCCUGACCUGUCACAACCAUAACUUUUAUUUCUCCGUUCUUUCACACUUUAGAGGACCGCUUGUCAUGGGUAUAUCUGUACUCUGCUUAACCAAUAAUAAACUGUAAUGGUUGCUGUUAAAAUGUUACAAACUGGCUUUUAGUGUUCUCUCAUGUCUGUGCUGUUUCUAAAUGUCUCUUGUUUAUUUUAAUUGUGUUUUUAAUAAAACAGCAGAUGCACAGCGAA